UCUUGUUUUACGGCUUUCCCAGCUUUCCCGGCUUUCGCUGGUGGACGCUUGUUUCGCGUGCGAGAGCCGUGGCGAGUGGUGUUCGUUUUCGAACCAUGGCUCGUCCGGCGUCGGAGGAAUGCCCCUUGGGCAUCUCGUGGCACGACACAGCCUGGAUCCAGGCUCUGGAGCCCGGCAACGUGAUGGACUACUUCUCGGAGAGGAGCAACCCGUUCUACGACCGCACAUGCAACAACGAGAUAGUCAAGAUGCAGCGGCUGAGUGCCGACCAGCUGAGCCAGAUGACGGGCUUGGAGUACAUCUUGCUGCACGCCCAGGAGCCCAUCCUGUACGUGGUGCGCAAGCAGCACCGCCACUCACCCUCCCAGGUCACCCCGCUGGCGGACUACUACGUGCUCGCGGGCGUCGUGUAUCAGGCGCCCGACCUGGGUGCCGUGCUCAACUCUCGCCUCCUCGCCACUGCGCACAGGCUACAGGCUGCCCUGGAUGAAUCCCUGUCCUUUGCCCGCUACCACCCGUUCCGUGGCUACUGGUGGCAGUUUCCGGACGGCCGGCCGCAGCCCAAGCCGCCCGCCAAGCACGCGCCGGGGAGCAUCUUCCAGAGGCGCCGAGUGGACCUGCUCCUCGCCGAGUUGGCCGCAAACUUCCCACCCAAGCAGCACGAAGAGGCUGCCAAGCAGGAAACGCCCGCACCACGGCCAGAACCAAGCCAAGCCAAGUCAGCCAGGGGUGAGAAGCGGCCCCGGCUGGCGUGACCAAUAAAAACGGACAUAUACUCGUA